UCCUUUUACUUACUUUCUCAGAAAUUCUAACUAUAAAAAAAAAUUGGGUCACUAUAAGCAGCCAUCAUGGCUAGAGUGAUGCUAUGGUUUCUUGUUUCCUUGUAUCUAUGCCUCAUCGGCCAUAUGAUUAGCGAAGCUGCAAGAGAAGGUGCCUCCAUGAGGAAUGACGCACACUCCAGUGAGAUAGGAAGAGAAAGUGCGCUCAUGAGGAAUGAUGCACACUCCAGUGAGAAAGGAAAGAAGAGUGUCCGACACGUAUCCGGAUUUAAGGGUGAGCUCACAGCUGGUGGUUAUGGAGGGGGAGGCCCAGGCUACGGUGGUGGAUACGGGCCAGGUGGUGGUGGUGGUGGUGUUGUGAUCGGUGGUGGAUUUGGCGGUGGUACUGGGUAUGGGUCCGGUGGUGGUUUAGGUUGGGAUGGAGGCAACGGAGGAGGCGGUCAGGGAUACGGGUCAGGUGGUAUCGGAGGUGGAGUCGUCAUUGGCGGUGGAGGUGGUGGGUGUGGCGGUUCAUGCGGUGGUGGCGGAGGAGGAUAUGGACACCACGGAGCCAGCAUGAAGGAAUCAGGCAAAAACUAGAAGAAAACACAACAUGCAGC